AUGACUCUUUAUCAUGAAACAGAAGAGAGAAGAAAGGCCGACAUCCCGCUGUCGCGGGGCGCGGAGAUGAAGGGCAAGUGCAGCGCUAACGAGUCGGAGCUGGAAAUCUCCUGGCUGGAGCAGGCGUACACCCUCAAACUCUUCUUCCUAAAGGAGGGGCACAACACGUCCCGGGGGCAGGAGGCUUUCUGGAGGCUCAGCCGCAUCCAGUUCACCUACGACACCGCCGAGCGCACCUACUUCAAGGACGCCGUCAACCCUGGGAAGCACACGGCCAGCUCGCACCGGCUCUCUGCCCUGGUAACCCCAGCUGGGAAGUCCUACGAGUGCCAGGCUCAGCAAACCAUCUCCCUCAUCUCCAGCGACCAGCAGAAGCCCGUGCAGCUCUUGCUGUCGGAAGUGCGUGUCCAGCCCUUCGACAUCGCCGCGGAUUUUGUCUUCAGUGAAGAACACAAGUGCCCGGUGGACCAAAGGGAGCAGUUAGAAGAAACCUUGCCUCUGAUUUUGGGCCUGAUACUGGGGUUGGUUAUCGUGAUAACCCUCUGCAUUUACCAUAUCCACCACAAGCUGACAGCCAACCAAGUGCAAAUUCCUCGAGACAGAUCUCAGUACAAGCACAUGGGAUAGGGAACGGCAUUGAGCAGCUCAAUUAUUUAUCAGGUAGAAAAAGCAAAAGCACUUUUUUCUGAGGGUGAGGAAAGGUUAUAGGGGGGCAAGAGAUGGUAUUCACAACACCUAAUUGGGGAUAUUUCAUGGAGACACACAAGGUUAGGCUUUAAUAUAGUCAGUGCAGAGACAACAUAGCUGUCUCUGAGAAGGCUCAAAUCAUCUGAUUUUAGGAGUCUCUGGCAGUAGGUGAUAUGAAUACCUUCUUAAGCAGCUGGGCCAAUCAUCUGGGAACAGAAAUGCUUCACAUGUCAAAAAGUUUUAACACUGGGGGCAAAAUUAGCUUUUUUUUCUUUUUUUUUUUUUUUUUUUUUUUUUUUUUUUUUUUUUCUUUUUUUUUUUCCCCAUCUCAAGAGACUCUUCCCUACCCAGUAUGCUGCUCUUGGCAGCAUUCGUCCCUCUCUGUUCAUGUCCAUGCAGGGAGCAGGGCAGGGGGACAGAGCCUUUAGACAAACUUCAUUCUAAUGAAGGGUCAUCUAAUGAAGGGACUCAAACCACAUUCCUGAAGUUUGCAGUCAUGUUAAGGAAAGCAUGAAGGCAAUACAGGUGUGUUUUGGGAGGAAGAAAAAAAAAAAAAGGCCAGGACCUUAAGCUGGCAUAAACUGGAGUAACUCCAGUGGAGCAGAUUGCAGCCAGCUGAGGAGCUGACCCCACAUUUGAGACUGUGAAGAAAGCUUGUUUUUGCUUCUUGAGCCACAUCUGAACUAAACUUUAAAAAAAAUAAUAACAAACAAAAAAGAGUAUU